UUCCGGCGGCGGGUGGGCGCGCGGAGCGUAACGACCUUCUGCGCUGACGGUCGGCAGGUGGCGGCGGCGUGUGGAUGGAGGCCUCCGCCCCCGGCCGGGCUUGGCGGGGCUGGCGGCGGACUCGGGUCCGGGCCGCGGGCUCCCGGCUCUCCCCGGCCGCCGUCCUCCUCCUUCUCUUCGCUUUCCUUGCGCGGGCGCCCCCUUCAGUUGGAUAUUUGGUUCGAUUACCAAGGGGUUUUCGCUUGACUCAAGACUCGGUGAAAAUAAUUGGAUCAUCAGGUUUUCCAGUGAAAGUAUAUGUCAUGCUCCAUCAGAAGAGCCCACAUAUAUUAUGUGUGACGAGACGACUGCGAAACGCUGAACUCAUAGACCCAUCAUUCCAAUGGCAUGGACCAAGAGGAAAAAUUAUUUCAGAAAACAACACUGCACAAGUAACAUCCACAGGAAGCCUUAUAUUCCAGAACUUUGAGGAGACCAUGAGUGGAGUUUAUACGUGUUUCCUCGAGUAUAAACCCACUGUGGAAGAAAUUGUUAAAAAUCUUCAACUAAAAUAUAUUGUGUAUGCUUAUCGUGAACCUCAUUAUUAUUACCAGUUCACAGCUCGAUAUCAUGCAGCUCCCUGCAAUAGUAUUUAUAAUAUUUCCUUUGAGAAGAAACUUCUUCAGAUUUUAAGCAAAUUGGUUCUUGACCUUUCAUGUGAAAUUUCCUUACUUAAAUCUGAAUGUCAUCGUGUUAAAAUGCAAAAAGCUGGUUUACAGAAUGAAUUGUUCUUUACAUUUUCAGUUUCAUCUCUAGAUACUGAAAAAGGAUCCAAGCCAUGUAUAGACCAUGAUUGUGAAUCUUCCAGAAGACUAUCUAAGGCUAAAAGUCUCAUAGAGAGAUUUUUUAGUCAGCAAGUAGAAGUUCUUGGUAGACGUGCAGAACCAUUGCCUGAAAUAUACUAUAUUGAAGGAACUCUCCAAAUGAUUUGGAUUAAUCGCUGCUUUCCAGGUUAUGGAAUGGAUGUCUUGAAACAUCCAAAAUGUCCCGAGUGCUGUGGUUCCUGGAUCCUGGCAGACUGGAGAAUGGAGGAAGGGACUUGUGGUAUAACCAAAUCCUGUGGAGAGUACUGCUUGUUCUCUGUCUCCUAUGUGUGUAUACACUUCAUCAUAAAGAAACUUUCCAAUGAAGCUAUCUGGGCCUGGAGCUUUAUUUGUGGGAAAGUAUUUUUUAAUCACCUUUACUAA